CUCGACAACCAACCUUUCCCGCCCAAAAUAACGAACCCUUCGUCUUUCUGCAGUAACUGCCUCAGCUUAACUAACUUGCUUUUUCGCUUCAUUUCCCAAGCAGAAAAAAGAAGCUCUUUGAAACACCAAGAAAAUGCCUUCCUUUCUCUUCUUUUCCCUCCUUUUCCUCUCCUUCUUCCACUCCACCUCCGCUCUCCCUUCCAUCGGAGUCACCUACUCCUCCCCUUCCCCCGCCGCCACAACCACCAACCAUCCACCACCAUCACCUGAUAAAAUUUCAACCACCAUCUCGACCCUCAAGAUCACCAGCGUCCGCCUCCCAAACGCUGACCCGUCUCUCAUAAAAGCCUUUGCAUUCACCAACACUUCCAUUUUCCUCUCCAUCGCAAACCCUCUCCUCCCUGCUCUCGCCUCCAACCGUUCCCUCGCUCUCCGCUGGCUUUACCGCCAUGUCCUCCCUUUUUACCCUCGUUCCAAAAUUACCCUCAUCUCCGUAGGCAACGCCGUACUCGAUUACUCCACCGCCCAAGAAGACUUCUCCCCUUUUUUGCUUCCAGCAAUGAGGAACCUCUACCUGGCACUUCAAGAACUGGGUAUUAACAAAAUCCCAAUCUCCACCACUUUCUCUUUCUUCUCCACAAUCACCACCGCUUUCCCGCCGUCCUCCGCCGAGUUCCAACAACCCGCCGGUGACCUUAUCAUAAAACCCUUGCUCCAAUUCUUGGAACAAACAAAUUCCUCUUUCUUGAUCAAUAUUUACCCUUACAAUCUUUUUCGUCUCAACAGCGAAAUCCCAAUUGGUUUUGCUUUAUUCCAAGACUACCCUUUUAACUUCCGAGACGAUUUGGUCACUGGGGUUAGGUAUUUCAACCUGUUUGAUAUGAUGGCAGACGCUGUAUUAACUGCCAUGGCGGUAAUGGGGCACGAGAAUAUUCCGCUGGUCGUGGCGGAAACAGGGUGGCCAAGUGGUGGAGGUGAGGCUGGGGAAGUUGAGGCAAAUGGGGUUUAUGCGGAGAUGUAUUUGAAGGGAUUGGUGAGGCAUUUGAAGUCAGGGGUUGGAACGCCAUUGAAGAAAGAUGGGGUGGCUCAGGUUUAUGUUUACGAGUUGAUGGAUCAUGAGGGAGGCGAUCAUAGGGAAAGAGCGAGGCAAUGGGGCAUUUUAUCGGAGAACAUGACAAGGAAAUAUAAUGUUGAGUUUUCCGGUGCGCCUAAGAUUUCUGGGUCGUUUGGGAUUUAUUUCUUAGGCGUCAUGUGGUUAUUACUUGGGUGCUUUUGAUCUUUGUGAAUGUGGGUAUGUGGCUUUUGCACAUAUCUGACAGAGAGUUAGGAUUGACAGCUGAAGAUUCUUGAAGAUUUUAGCUGGCUUUUGUCUGUUUGUUUU